AUGGGAAUAAGAGCAAAUAACAUUUUCACAAAACAGUUCUUGCGAAAUAACUUGAUUUUCCGGCUAGCUAAUGUUAUUACAAUGGCAACACUGUCUCGAACCGUGCGAAAGAAUCUUAACGUUGCGAGUUUAUCGCAUCGUGAAAGGCACAAAUCCGACCAAAAUCACGCUUUUCGCGACCACGGAUUCAACGUCCAGGGAGCCCACGGGUCCCAACGACCGCUAUUUUACCAUGUGGAGGGACGCCAUUUCAGAGCUUGGAAAGAUAGCAGUUUGUGACAACCAAACAGUACGAGGAAAUUCACGCGGAUCCGGUUAGCCAACCAUUGCGCACACGCAUUGUCCAGGGGCGUAGGCAGAUGACGUUCCCGAAGGGGUUGCCGCAUUUCGCCAAAGGCGAAGUGAUCAAGGGCUUUGGGAGGGGGUCGAAGGAGUUGGGGAUUCCAACCGCGAAUUACGAUGUGGAUGUCGUAAAUAACAUGCCCAAAGAAGUGGAGCCUGGAAUUUAUUUUGGCUUCGCUAAAGUAGACCAAGGACCUGUUUACAAAAUGGUCAUGAGUGUGGGGUGGAAUCCGUUCUAUAAUAACACGCAAAAGUCGAUGGAAAUUUAUAUUAUUCAAAAGUUCGAUGAAGAUUUCUAUGGGAAGAUGCUCAAGGUUGUGAUGCUUGGUUAUCUCAGACCUGAAAAAAAUUUUAAUAGCGUGGACGAACUGAUAAAGGCUAUCAAUAAUGAUGUUAAAGAAGCAGAAGUCAAGCUGGACGAAGAACAGUUUUCGAAAUUCAAAACACAUGAGUUCUUUUCAUGAGUUUGUUUUUAAUAGCCACAAAUUUAAUACAAACAUGUUUUUGUUAUAUUAUGUGUUACACAGUGUUUUAAUAUCUAUAUAUAAUAUACAGUGCCCAACACAA